AUGUCGCUGUUCCAGUCGGCGCUCGAUUUCCUCGCCGGGCCCGGCUCGGUCGGAGCAGCAAGCCGGGACCAGAACGACUUUGUGGGACAGAUGGUUGAAAUGGGUGACAUUAAACUACGGAUCAAGAGAGUGAUUGCUGAAGGUGGUUUUGCCUUUGUGUAUGAAGCUCAGGAUAUCAGCAGUGGCAAAGACUACGCUCUCAAGCGACUCUUGUCUAAUGAAGAUGAGAAGAACAAGGAAAUUAUCCAAGAAGUUUGCUUCAUGAAAAAACUGUCGGGACAUCCCAAUGUGGUCCAGUUCUGCUCGGCCGCCUCCGUUGGCAAAGAGGAUUCCGAUACAGGACAGGCGGAGUUCCUCAUCCUGACUGAACUCUGCAAAGGCCAACUGGUGGACUUCCUUCGGCGAGUGGAGCAACGAGCCCCCGUGUCCUGCGACACGGUACUGAAGAUUUUUUAUCAGACGUGCCGUGCUGUGCAGCACCUGCACAAACAGAAGCCCCACGUUAUACACAGAGACCUCAAGAUUGAAAACCUGCUGAUUAGUAACCAAGGCACCAUCAAACUGUGCGAUUUUGGCAGUGCUACCACUGUCGCUCAUUACCCUGACUACAGCUGGUCCGCACAGAAGCGGUCCAUGGUGGAGGAUGAGAUCACAAGGAACACUACUCCAGCGUACCGGACUCCUGAAAUGAUUGACCUCUACUCUAACUAUCCCAUCAAUGAGAAGCAAGACAUCUGGGCUCUAGGCUGCAUCCUCUACCUGUUGUGCUUCAAGCAGCACCCAUUCGAAGAAGGUGCCAAGCUGCAGAUUGUCAACGGGAAGUACUCCAUGCCACAGAACGACUCCAAGUACACGGUCUACCAUGAGCUCAUACGCUCCAUGUUGAAGGUGAACCCUGUGGAGCGGCUCUCCAUUACAGAGUUGGUUAACCAGCUUCAGGAAAUAGCAGCGGCACGAAACGUCAACCCUAAAUCCCCCAUAACAGAGCUUCUGGAGCAGAAUGGAGGCUUCGGGAGUAACGGGGCGGCAGCAACGACAGCAGCGGGUGCACCAUUGCAAAUCCAACAAAACGUGCACAGCAAUGCAGGCAUCUUUGACCCUGACCAAUCGGGAAGUGGAUUACUGGACAUCCUCAAGGGAGGAACGGAGCGCUUCUUGACUAACAUCAAGGAUACCUCCUCUAAGGUCAUCCAGUCUGUUGCCAGCAACCCAAGUUAUGCCAAAGGUGACCUGGAUAUAUCCUACAUCACCUCCAGAAUAGCAGUUAUGUCAUUCCCAGCGGAAGGUGUGGAGUCGGCGAUAAAGAACAACAUUGAGGACGUGCGCCUAUAUCUAGAUUCGCGGCACCCGGGACACUACGCUGUCUACAAUCUGUCCAAGCGCUCUUACAGGCCAUCCCGCUUCCACAACCGGGUUUCCGAAUGCAACUGGCAGGUUCGCCGUUCGCCCAACCUGCGCAGUCUUUACAGUGUGUGCAAGAACAUGCAUCAGUGGCUUAAGCAGGACCAGAGGAAUAUCUGCGUGGUUCAUUGCCUGGAUGGAAGGGCGGCGUCCGCUGUGGCUGUUUGCUCCUUCCUGUGCUUCUGCCGCCUCUUCACCACGGCCGAAGCAGCGGUCUACAUGUUUUCCAUGAAGCGAUGCCCGCCCGGCAUAGCCCCCUCACACAAGAGGUACAUUGAGUACAUGUGUGACAUGAUGGCCGAGGAGCCAAUCAUACCACACUGCAAGCCCGUGAUCAUCCACGGCAUCACCAUGACGCCCGUGCCACUCUUCAACAAGCAGCGCAACGGGUGUCGGCCCUUCUGCGAGGUCUACUUAGGAGACGAGAGGGUCCUCACAACAUCCCGGGAGUACGACAGGCUGAAGGACUUCAAGAUGGAGGAUGGAAGAGCAGAAAUUCCCCUAAACGUGACCGUUCGAGGAGAUGUGCUGGUGGUGAUCUACCACGCUAGGUCUACACUGGGAGGACGUCUGCAAGCCAAGAUGGCCUCCAUGAAAAUGUUUCAGAUACAGUUUAAUACAGGCUUCAUCCCCAGAAAUGCUACGACUGUAAAGUUUGCCAAGUAUGACCUAGAUGCCUGCGACAUCCAGGAGAAAUAUCCCGACUUGUUCCAGGUCAACCUGGAUAUCGAAGUGGAGCCCUGGGACCGGCCUAGUGCCAAAACACCGCCUUGGGAUGGCUUCCAAACAAAAGGCCUCAAUCCUAAGAUCCUAUUUUCCACUCGUGACGAACAGCAGGAGAUCCUCAGCAAGUUUGGUAAACCGGAACUACCUCGUCAGCCAGGAUCCUCAGCGUUCUACGACUCCAGUUUACCGCCACAGCAGCCUGCUGAAACACCAGAAACCUCUCCGGCCACUGAAACAGAAUCUCCGGUGAGCAGCGACAACAAUGGAAACAACUUCUUCCAGACGCUGGAUUGGGAAGAUGUCAGCGGGCCUCAGGAUGCCUCAGGUUUCCUAACGGGAGGAUCCAGCAAUGAGCAGGAAGACCUGAGCGACCAGUCGGAAGAAGAGUCUUACACACACUCAGUCCCCAGUGGCGAGUCGCAGGACACCGGCGUGUCACUCUUCGAUGCCAACUUCCAGACUUCAGUCUCUACCGCUGAGGGUUCUCCUGCCAACGACACAGCCGAUCUCUUAGGUUUGAACUCCGAACUCCAACCACCACCGGCGUCCUCAGAUGGCUUGAAGGCCUCUUCUAGCCAUAGCGACCUCCUCAACGACCUGUUUGCGCCACCUGCUGGACACACGGCGGCGACGGCCCAGGAGGAUUUGUUUUUCAGCGGCUCCAAACCCAUAAGCGACCCCUUCGACCCGUUUGGAAUGGGUUCUAGUUCAGGAAUGGGCUCCAGUGUGGGGUCCUCUCGUCAGGCCUCUGGCCCUGACCUGUUUGGGGACCUGAUGGGUUCUGGUGGGUCUGCAUCAGAAAAACCCGCUCCGGCUUCCAACACCAGCCUCUUUAACCUCCAUAAAUUAGUGGACAGCACUCCCAAGAUGACAUCAUCAGCCAGUCAUCCAGACCUCCUGGGUGGGUGGGACAGCUGGGCAGCGAGCACGUCGGCAGGCAUGAGCUCCACUUCUGGCAGGCCUGCCUACGUCAAUACAGCCUCGAGCACGUCGUCCAUGUCAAAGGCCAAGUCUCAGACCUUCGAUCCUUUUGCUGACCUCGGGAACCUGGGUUCCAAUUUACCAAGUUCUUCAAACAGUAACCUCCCUGGGCCAAUGAAGAAUACCCCUUCCUCCUCUUCGUCUUCAACGAAGCCUCAAGGCCUGCCAUCCUGGCAGCCCGGCCGAGUCUCCCAGAGCCACAACAAGCCCUGGCGGACAGGAUCCAGGUCUGAAGGCCAAGCAUCAUCGGUGCCUCAGGCUGCUGGCCCUCAGGCCGGCAAGCCCAACUACAACCUUAAUUUCCCCAGUGUCAUCGGAGGCCGUGAGGAAAGAGGUGUUCGGGCUCCGGGAUUCGGCCCCAAACCAAAAGUCAAGGAGGAUGACUUUGGAGACCUGCUGUCCACUCAGGGCUUUUCCUCUAAGCUGGAUAAAAAAGGGCCAAGGACCAUCGCAGAAAUGAGGAGGGAGGAGAUCACAAAGGAAGUAGAUCCUCUUAAAUUGCAGAUCUUGGACUGGAUCGAGGGCAAGGAAAGGAACAUCCGAGCGCUGCUGUCUACGUUACACACGGUGCUGUGGGAGGGCGAGAACCGUUGGAAGCCGGUCGGCAUGGCCGACCUGGUAACGCCUGACCAGGUGAAGAGGUUCUACAGGAAGGCUGUCCUAGUUGUCCAUCCAGAUAAGGCGACGGGCAAGCCAUAUGAGGACUACGCGAAAAUGAUCUUCAUGGAGCUCAACGACGCCUGGUCUGAGUUUGAGAACCAGGGAUCAAAAGCUCUCUUUUAG